ACAUCUGGAUAGCUGGUGUGGAAUUAUGCCAAAAAGAAGUUGUUUAGCAAUUGAUUUAUAUCAUAUCACAAUACAUCAUCUUAAGUGUUCUUAUUAUACCCUGUGACUCCAACCUCCUGCUCUGAAUCUGACAUUUGUCAUAUAACUGUCUCAGAGCCUCAGAUGUUUUUAUCACAGGGAUGACGUCCCACAGCCUUGACAUAUGUGCAUUUAUAACAAGGUCCUGGUUUCUUGUUUGUUAUAGUGAGUGUUGCUACUGGCUUUGCAGCAGUGUCAGUCAGUUUUUCAGAUAUGUGAAUUUCUUCCUCCAGUAAAGAGCAUUAUUGCUGUAAAUAGCAGUUUUUACUGGGUCCUAAACACCUGCCAUGAACUCACUUUACUAUAAAUGUCUCAAUCAUCUACUUUGUUAGGAGUGUUAUCAUGCUGAGAUCUGACAGAGUCAGCACAUAUACACUGUUACACAGUAGCUAUCUAACUUCAGCGUUUCCAACUGCAGCCACCUAGUGAAUAGAGAAACAGGACUAAAACAAGGCUGACCAAAAUAUUAUUUUACUGUAAUGUGGGAUCAUAAAAAGUCUGACAAUUGAUCAUCUUUUCCUUUCACCAUGGUAAUGACUUUAUCACUUCUUUGGUAGUUCAGAUGUUACAUUUCAUGUCCUCUGGAGGUGAUAGAGAUGCCCUUUCUUAUUAAUGUGGUUCAAAGCCACAUCUUUUGCAUAUGCAAGCUACACAAACACUUCCUUCACUCUCUAAGUCAAGGAAGUGUUUAAAGACUGAACUUGUCAGUGAUGUGCACCACUGUUCCUCAGUAGCUCAGCUGGACUGUGAACUCACCAUGUUUUUCCACUGUGAACUGGUCGUACUGAUACUUGCACUGACUCUCAAUGGUCAAGUUCAUACAGGGGAAAUCUAUGGAGGCCAUGAGGCUAAGCCACAUAGCAGGCCAUACAUGGUGCUGUUGGAGCGGCACAUGCAGAAUGGUCAAACAUAUUACUGUGGUGGCUUCCUUCUGAACAAGGAUUUUGUGAUGACUGCAGCCCACUGCCAAGCCAAGUCCUACACAGCCUUACUAGGAGUUCACAAUGCCCAUAACUGUGCAGGGGUACAGCGUAUACCUGUGAAAUCUGCAUUUCCACAUAAAGACUACAAUGAAACUGAAUACACAAAUGACAUAAUGCUUCUUAAGUUGAGCUCUAAGGCACAUUUUAACAACAAUGUGAGAUCCAUUGCUCUCGCAGACCGAGAUGACGGCUCUCUGCCAAAAUCAUGUUCAGUCUCCGGCUGGGGAAGAAAUGACAGAAACUCAAAACAUAUGUCUCUGACGCUCAUGGAAGUCAAUGUAACACUCACUGAAAAUGAGUCGUGUUGUGAGAAAAAGACGUACUGCUCUGAGGGAGAGGCUGGACCGGGUGAGGGAGACUCUGGUGGUCCGUUGGUCUGUGAAGAUGGAAAGGUGUAUGGGGUGGUGUCUGCCUCACGCGAAACAAACCCAGAUGGCCCGUAUGUCUACUCCUACACUAAGAUACCUGAGAAUGCAGACUGGAUUAACUGGAUUACUGGAAAUAAUGGAAACUUCUGAAGCAUCAGAUCACAACAUCUGAAUUUCAGGUUAUUGUGUAAUAUUGCUAGUAUCUCCGCUGAUUCCAUAAUCACAGAGACCGCCAAAUUAAAUCCUGGACUUUCUGGCUUAACACAAAUGUAAUCAAAAUAUGCUUUGCUUUGAUGAUAUCAAUUUCAUUUUAUUGACAGUUGAAUCAAGAGACUGAGAAUAGUGUAUGCUGCUGUAAUAUCUAUUCUUUUCAUACACAAUAUACCCUUUGCUCUCAAAUACAUUAUACAUACAUACACACACACACACCUUUGUUCAUUUUCUCUCAACUUUUCAACUUUGUUUUGCACCAUCUUUUGAAACAAUAAACUUGCUCUCUCUCAGUGUUCUCUCAGUACCUCUGUACUUGUACAAGCACAUUUUGGUUUUAAUGUUGAGAUUGUUUAAGUAUUAAAAAAGGUCUCUUUGCUUUAUUACCACUCCACAUUUAGCUGGAGCAUCCUUAAACCCAACAAAUCUAAGAGUAAUGAAACAAAUAACAGAUAAUUAUGUACUGUCAGCAUACUUGUGCUGAGCAAAAUGUAAAGACAGCGUAAUCCUGCUGCUGUGUUACAAUGA